UCCGCCGCCUCCGCCGCCUGUCGCAGUCAGUGUGGUGGAUUGCUUCGCCAGUUUGCUCUCUCUCCUCGAUGGUGCUUCGCGGCUCACUUCACGGGCGGUACGUACCCUGCUGAAGCUCCAGCAAUGGGUCAAGGCAGCUCUGCUUUGCAUCGAAAACCGCCGUCUGCUGCCAAUUACACAAGCGAGACCGGUCGGGAUCGCGUUGUGGAGGCCUCCCUCACCAUGGUCCGCGAGCGGGCAAUGCUAAAAGCGGAAAGUGUGCGACGUGCCGGUGGUGCCAAGGCCACGUCAUGCCUACUUGGUGUCCCCCUGGGACACAACUCCUCGUUCCUGCAAGGCCCAGCCUUCGCUCCUCCUCGUAUCCGUGAGGCCAUUUGGUGUGACAGUACCAACUCCACAACAGAAGCGGGGGUUGAACUAAAAGACCCACGCAUUCUGACCGAUGCAGGGGAUGUGCCCGUUCAGGAGCUUCGAGAUUGUAAUGUAGAUGACGUGCUGUUGAUGAAGACCAUCAGCGAUGCCGUGGCUGUCGUCAUGCAGGAGAAGCCCCUGAGACCUCUGGUGCUGGGUGGGGACCACUCCAUUUCCUAUCCCUCGAUCCGCGCUGUGACGGAAGUGCUUGGCGGACCUGUCGACAUUUUGCACUUCGAUGCUCAUCCGGAUCUAUAUGAUGCCUUCGAGGGUAAUAAAUAUUCGCAUGCCAGCUCCUUCGCGCGCAUUAUGGAAGAGAAGAGGGCUCACCGCCUGCUUCAGGUCGGUAUCCGUUCAAUCAAUAAGGAAGGUCGGGAUCAAGCAGCUAGGUUCAAUGUGGAGUUGUUCGAGAUGCGUCAUUACACGGAGCACCGGGCGUAUCUGGAGAAUCUUGAGCUGGGUAAGGACUGCAAGGGGGUUUACGUGUCUAUUGACGUGGACGUUCUCGACCCGUCCUAUGCACCCGGCGUGUCUCACCUGGAACCCGGAGGCUUGUCCUUCAGGGACGUCAUGAAUGUUCUGCAAAGCCUCAAGGGCGAGAUUGUCGGAGGGGAUGUCGUAGAGUUCAAUCCGCAAAGGGAUACCGUUGAUGGAAUGACGGCGAUGGUGGCAGCAAAGCUUGUAAGGGAGUUAACAGCAAAGAUGUCAGUCUUGUAGACAUGUAUUGUGGAGCAAGGCUUCAUCAGUCUUCAUCUUGUGCUGUGCUGUUGGCGAGAGAUUAUAAGACAUCGAAAGCUUAAAUA